GCCUCCAGUAGCAGCCACCUAUGUCACCCGUCUUGAUCCUUAGACUGAACCGUGACGCAAUGUAGGGUCUAGCGCGCAGGUUAUUUUUUUCCGACGACUUACCGCAUGGAACAUUAUGCUGUGUUUCAAGUCUUUUGGGCAGACCAAAACGAAAAAAAGACAGCCCUUUCUGUCGUUGCACCGAGCUCGUGUAUUCAUGAUAGCGGGACCUGUUAUGCAAAACGCGAUAACACUUUGUAUUGUUCAAUCGCUCUUUACCAAAUGCCGAGUCCACCCAAACACAGCUGAUGUCAUUUUCCAUGGAAAUUUGCCGGCAACUGUCAAGUUGUACGUAUGCAGCACGGGAAUUGUAUCAAGCCCUGGAUUUCCUCAUACGGCAAUGACGACUAUACUAGUCAGACCUAGUCAGGGAUGGCUGUCCCAGGAUCUGGUAUAUAAUCUAAUCUAUCACAUCGCUAGGAAUCCCUCGGGCUUUCACCGUUCGACGACAAAGGUCGUUCCACUCGCUUUUACGACACUCCUCAUCUUCCUGUCCCUAUCUCAAGUCAGACUAACGGUCAAACAGAAUCCGUUCACGAACCACAUCCUUUCCCUACAAACAUGAGUACAUUCGCCUACCAAGCACACUUGGCCGCCCGUUCUUCAGGCGGACAGAAAAAGAAGUCUCAUCACCACGACAGUUCUUCGCCAAAGCACAUCGAAGAGCCUGUCUCACCAACCUACCAUCCUCCUGUCCUGGCAAGAGCUCACGCUCACCAGUUCAUUCAGAGUCAGAAGGGUGACUCGAG